AUGGUUGUGUACUUUCAGGGCACCAAAGCACUGGCGGUUCCCCUGGUAACCAACACUUCAAUACUGCGGCUGAACCUGCGAGAUAAUUGGAUGGAAGGCAUGGGUGGAGCUGCUAUAGCUGAGAUGUUAAAAGGAAAUUGCUACAUUACAGAGGUGGACCUGUCCAAUAACAAUCUAGAGGUUUAUGGAGCCAAAGCCAUAGCUGGUAUGCUUAAAGAGAACAGCACCCUGGUGAGACUCAUUCUGUCAGGAAACCAUUUCACAGACCGGUCCACUGAACACCUCUGCCCAGCGCUGAUCACCAACACCAAACUACAGCACCUCGACCUCAGCUACAAUGCUCUGGGGGAGAGUGCAGGGGAAUACCUGGGAGAUGCUCUGUCUGAGAACACCGGGCUGAGAUCGCUAAACCUGGCAUGGAAUUGCAUUCGACAAAAAGGAGCAGUAAUGCUGGCCAAUGGUCUUGGGGAAAAUGUUUUUCUUAGAAUGCUGGAUCUGUCAUUUAAUGGCUUUGGGAAAGAAGGAGCCAGUGCUUUAGGACAGGCUCUUAAAGAGAACAAUGUUUUAGAAGAGUUAAAUAUCAGUAACAACCGAAUACCCCCUGAAGGAGCGAUCCACCUCGCCAUGGGCCUCAAAGUAAACAAGACAAUCAAAUCCCUGAAUAUUGGUAGGAACCCCAUCCUGAAUGCUGGGUGCUAUGGGAUCCUUAAAUCUGUACAGGACAACCCAGAUUCAGCCUUGGAGACUUUAGACUUUUCAGACAUCACAGUAAGCCGGGAUUUUGACGACUUGUAUACAGCAGUGAAAGAAAUAUUCCCUGCGCUUAGAGUAAAUCAUGGGGGCCGCUUUGGCACAUUCAGCAAAGCAAAAGCUUGAAAAGUGUUACUGUAAUUGCUGUACUUUUAUGCCAGCAAAGAUGGAAGAAAUCUUGUCAAAGCCCUAUGGACGUUUUCAUCAACAGAUAAACCAAAGGAUGCAUGCCUGCAAAAAUAUAACUUUUAAAAAGAUGUCUUUUUUUGUUGUUAAAGAGCCAUGAGAGCAUAUCCUUCUGAAUAAAAUGCACUGUGAAUAAAUAAAACUUCUUAAAUACCCAAUCAAUUGAAAAUAAAGGCAAUUCAGAUGCUCAUUUUCCAGUAGAAACACCAUGUGUGUAGUGUUUAAAACAAAUUUAUUUGAUGAAGUCAUAGAAAAUAGGCAUAAAAUAGAGGUAUUGAGUAUGAUUCUUUUUAGAUAUGAUCUGAUUUGAUGUUAUAUAAUGUCAGUGGGUAGAAUGAUGGAGAGGAUCAGAGAGCACUGUAUUGUGUAUGAAAAGAAGUGAAAGUGGGUUGCACAAAAAGGAUUUAAGUACUGCAUGACUAGUCUAAUAGAAAAACCAGCUUUGAAAGAACAGUCCACUAUUAGAUAAGAGACCUGUUUACUGAGGCAGGACAACUCGAGCUGUGUUAGAUACAUACAGUGAGCUGUCAUUUGUAUGCAUGUAUCUCUCCCACACACCACUAAAUGAUCUUAAGCCAAGUUAUUUUAUUUCAGAACACUGUAUGUAAUAUGUAAUGUAUAUGCAUUUGAAUACAUUUGACAACUAAUUGGUUUAUUUUGGGGCUUUUUAAUAGCUUGUAGGGAUUUGGGUCAUCUUACGACUACAUUUGCAUAUUUUUUCAUUAACAAAUAAUCAAUACUUAUUACUAUUACUACUUUAGUUACAUAUGUACUGUAUCAUAGAACGCAUUAAACCCUCUGAUCAUUUGGCUGCAUGCAUCUCUUCCAUACAACAUAAAAUGAUUUUGAAAUCAGUAGAACUAUUGCAUAUGUGAUAAACACUUACUGGCACAACUUCACCUCCUUCCAAAG